CCUAACGCGCGGAUCACGUGGCGGCGGGCGCGGGACUGCGGGUCCGGACUCUGGUGUCGCAGGCCGCAGCGAGGGGCGCACUUAACCGCGGCUCCGAGAAGCGGAGUCGGGUGAGUGCGGAGCGCCUUGCUGGUGCCUGGGGUGACCCUGAACCAGCGUGAUGGCGACUCCCGUCAACGGAGCCCCCAUGGAUGCCAACUUGUGGUCCUCACAUGAGAAGAUGCUGGCGCAGCCCCUGAAAGAGAGUGACGUGGAGGUGCUAAAAGCUUUGAGGACGAUUUCCUCUGUUCCUCAGGUUUACAACAUCAUUAAGAAGGAGAGUAACCGGCAGAGGGUCGGACUGGAGCUGAUCGCCUCAGAGAACUUUGCCAGCCGGGCUGUUCUGGAGGCCCUAGGUUCUUGCCUAAACAACAAGUACUCCGAGGGGUACCCGGGCCAAAGGUACUACGGCGGGACGGAAUUCAUCGAUGAGCUGGAGGUCCUCUGUCAGAAGCGAGCGCUGCAGGUCUAUGGCCUGGACCCCCAGGGUUGGGGAGUCAAUGUCCAACCCUACUCAGGCUCCCCCGCAAACUUCGCGGUGUACACAGCCCUGGUGGAGCCCCAUGGCCGCAUCAUGGGCCUGGACCUGCCCGACGGGGGCCACCUGACCCACGGGUUCAUGACCAACAAGAAGAAGAUCUCCGCUACGUCCAUCUUUUUCGAAUCUAUGCCCUACAAGGUGAACCCCGACACCGGCUACAUCAACUACGACCAGCUGGAGGAGAACGCGCGCCUCUUCCACCCGAAGCUCAUCAUCGCAGGGACCAGCUGCUACUCCCGGAACCUGGACUACGCCCGGCUGCGCGAAAUCGCUGACGACAACGGGGCGUAUCUCAUGGCCGACAUGGCGCACGUCAGCGGGCUGGUGGCGGCCGGCGUGGUGCCCUCCCCCUUCGAGCACUGCCACGUGGUGUCCACCACCACCCACAAGACCCUGCGGGGCUGCCGCGCCGGCAUGAUCUUCUACAGGAAGGGAGUGCGCAGCGUGGACCCGAAGACGGGCAGAGAGACUCGCUACAACCUGGAGUCACUCAUCAACUCUGCCGUGUUCCCAGGCCUGCAGGGGGGGCCCCACAACCACGCCAUUGCUGGGGUGGCGGUGGCUCUGAAGCAGGCCAUGACUCCGGAGUUCAGAGUCUACCAGCGCCAGGUGCUGGCCAACUGCAGGGCUCUGGCCGAGGCCUUGAUGGGGCUGGGCUACAAAGUGGUCACAGGUGGUUCUGACAACCACUUGAUCCUCGUGGACCUCCGCUCCAAAGGCACGGACGGCGGCCGGGCUGAGAAGGUGCUGGAAGCCUGUUCCAUCGCCUGCAACAAGAACACCUGCCCAGGUGACAAAAGCGCCCUGCGGCCCAGCGGACUGCGCCUGGGGAGCCCGGCGCUGACAUCCCGAGGACUCUCGGAGGAAGAUUUCCAGAAAGUCGCCCAUUUUAUUCACAGAGGGAUAGAGCUGACCCUGCAGAUCCAGGACACCGUGGGGGCGAAGGCCACCCUGAAGGAGUUCACGGAGAAGCUGGCGGGGGCCGAGGAUCACCAGCGGGCUGUGGCGGCACUCCGGGCGGAGGUGGAGAGCUUCGCCGCCCUCUUCCCUCUGCCUGGCCUGCCCGACGUCUAGAGGAGGGCCCGCCCGCCCAGGGACCCAGCGCCCUGGAGGCCCCACACGGGCCCCUUUUCGGACUGUGCUUUUUUUACCUUGUUCACAAACCAACAUUUGUUUAAGGCUCAGUGUUUGUUAGUCAUGCUGGGACAAGUUAUGAAGGAGUUUAAAUCUGAACCUCACUUUCUCACAGCUACGUAUAGUUAUUCUGGAAAAAUGGGAUACGGUUUAGCCAUUCAGCCGUAAUUAUCCAGGCUGGCGGAGGGCAGGGUUACUGGGAAGACGCCACCUUUGAGAGUCCCUGGGCUCCCCUGACUGGCCGCGGUGGCCAGAAGCGCCAACGUUUGAGCUCGGGAGAGCUGCCCGUGGCCGUCUGUUCCCCGGUGGGCACCAGGGGGGACUCGGUUAUAACCGUCGCAAACGAGGAGAGAGCCUCCUGGCCCUUCUGCUGUGCGUUCAGUCAGAAUCACAGGUUAGACGGGUCUAUUGAGGUGCCACCCAGCUGGGUGGGAGUCCUGCUUACAGCACCUGGGCAGGAGGGGGAUGUGGUCCCCGUCCCCCAGCCCAGGGCAGGCAGGCCAGGGAACCUGGUCCCACGCCGCUGAGCAACCACCUCCCUCCCGUGAUCAGGAAACCAGAGGUCACCUUCCCACAGAAACUUUAUUUUUCACAAAUCUCAAGUGCAAAACAUCAUAGAUGACCAUUUUUAAUAAGCACAAAUUUUUAACCACAGAAUGUCUACAAGAAUUAUAGCUUUAAAAAAUACAACCAAUUUUUAUAUUUCAAAAAUAGCUCAACUCAAAUAAAUUAAUUGCUUAAAAAGUACACUUCUCAUACUAUUUGUUUGGCAUGACUGGUGCAGCCACACCGGGAGCCGCGGGCACGCGUGUGGCGUGUGCAGCGUGCUCUCGCCCUGGCCGCGGUGACCACAGCUCACCCGGUGGGACUCACGCUCACACACGACGGGGAGCAUGCGGUAGUAAUAUAGCUUUUCAAAACACGACAAAUACGACGUCCUCACGCACUGCGCUUCUCACCGUGGCCUUAACACAGCCGUGGCUGACGCCCGGGGCUCCAGCGCAGCGGGCAGGGCGGCUGCUACCUCCGCAGCUGUGAAAACAGCCUUCCACCCGGGAGCGUGACUCUUCCCCCCGUAGGAGACAAAGGCCACCACACAAGCACUCCCGGGAGGCUAGGGCCCCAGACCAGCGCCUGACUCAUGGCCAAGUGCUCCCUCCUCCCCACAGCUGGAACCAAACCUCAAAGCAGGACGGGCUCAGAAGAGCUGGGUGUGCGCCAGCCUUAGCUGAGGCUGGUUUUCCUUCCGGCCAGAAGUAGAGAUUUGAUACUUUUCCUUUUUGCAAUGUUAAUACCACCUCUCUCUCAAAAAUUCUAGUUGUAUCAGUUCCUAUCACAAUAUUGGGGAAAAGCCAGAAAGCUAGCUGGUUUGCUUCAAAGCACGAGCCAAAAGGCACUUUCUUGAGCCUCCAGGGAGAUGGGAGGUAAGAUCUGAUGCUGGCUUGGGGGGCCGGUGCCUCCGAAGGCUGUCCGCACGGACUGAUGGACCGCACCAGCCCAGGAAAGCUCCCGCCUGUGCAAAGAUGACGUGGGCCGUGUGGAGAAGCUGACCGGCCAGGCGCCAUCAGGCUGGGAAGGGGGGGGCCACGCGCCCAGCACUGGUGGGCUGGGUGGCAAGCUGCGUGCGAGAUCUUCCAGGCGGCUGGGCCUCCGGGGACGUGUCACGAGCCGCAGCGGCCCUGGCACUCGGGGGAGACUCUAUCGGCCAUCCUGGGAUUUUGCCAUGGGAUUUGUUACUUGUCUGGGGAUGAAGUCUACGAUACUUUGCACACAGUAACUGAUCUGAAGCAAGAAGUUGAGAGCUAGAUGGGAAAUGGCAGCUGGGCUACCACACACAGCCCAUUUCCAGAUUCUACUCAAGGAGUAGGGUCCCCAGGGCCACAGGUGCUAUAAAAGGGUUCAGCUGAUGUCUACCGUGGAGCUUCUGGAAAUCACUACUGCAUAAAUGCCAGCCUGGGCAGGUUCUUCUUAACUUGGACUGCUUUAAAAAGGCAGGGUGGGGGGCAGGUAAUGGACUGGAAGUGAAGUUGAAACAAACCUCAAGGUUUUGGUGCCUGGGCCUUCGAGGCGAUACUUAGGAUUGAAGAAGUACUAAGGGCAUUGACACCCUCUGAUUUCUGAAGCGUUUCUCAGCAUUUGGACGCCUGCUGACCUUUACCAGGGAAAACGUCUUGUUAAGAUUCCUGACGAGAUGAGUUCGCUGCACAGGCCCCCACGACUCAGACUCGGGUGCGUCUGAGACUCCUGGCAGGUUCCGGUCCCCAGCGUGGCGGGGCCGGGAAGGCCUGGUUCCCCUCUGAGCUCCCUUUGAAGAGAAACAUACUUGGCGUCAAGCAAUUCUGUGAAAGUGCCACACCGCAAAGUUGGAUUUUAACCAAAAUUUAAAUGCUGGAGUUCAGCACCAGUCAGCGAAUACAGCUCUACUCCUCCAUGAAGCGGCAGCUCAGGAGAGGGGCUCCGGUGCCCCCUCUGCGGCCGCCCCACGCCAGGCCUUCGGCUCGCCCCGGCAGGGCUCUCCCGAGGCGGAGCUUCUGCACAAACGCCCUCCGGAGCGGACUUGCGCUUCGAGGAGGCCAGUGUGACCGACCUGCUGCCCUUUCUGGCUUCCCAGGUGCGAGGUGUAAACCGCCGAGGCCAUGCUGGCGGCCCGGGGGAGGUGGGCCCGUGAUCGCUUCCCAUCUGGUCACUUGGGCCCCACGGACCGCUCUUCCCUCGGAGGUCAGGUGUCACAAGCCCGUGUCCCAGGAGGCCCAAGUAGACCCAGUUAACCACCUACCGAGAAAACAGAGCAGCAGCGGAACACAAGGGGGUGGUUAACAGGAGGGCAGCCUGCCCACCAGCACCCACACUGCACGUUGGGAAGCUGCCGUGUGGUCCCUGGAGACGCCUCUCUGGGGGACACAGGUGACAGCACGGGUACAAGGACCCGAGGAGACGGCGGUGGCGGCCCUGUCGCGGUGGGCCUCGGUCACGGCCUCCGGAGCAGGAUCGCGCUCUGGCGGGAAUGCGGGCCCUGGCCAGAAGCCCGCGCAGGGAGGGCCACGGGGGAGAGAUGUACGAAGCCUCCUCGGUCACCAGGGGGUCCUGACCGCCGUGGUGUGCUGCAGAGCCGGUGGCGGACCAGGUCUCAACAGCAGGACUCCGACGACACAGGACACGGCCCCGGCAGACGGGCACGCGUGCGCGGGAGCAACCACUGUGGCCGGUUCAGGUGUGUUUUACCGCAGCUUGGGGGAAAAAAUUAAAAAUCAGUAAUACCGAGAGUUCUCCCUGCUUAGGGACAAACGGCUUAAGGAAGAAAAGUAUGACGUUUUCAAGGUUGCGAGUAACCAUCCACCUACACACGCCGGUGGUAACUCUGUCAGGAGGGUCCUGGUGGGUGAAGCGGAGGUGGGGCGGGGACUCAGCCGGGGCGGAACGAGCUGCCGUGAGCGCGCGUGCUCCCGGCCGGCACGGCCUUCCCGGAGGAGAUCCCAGCCCGCCGGCUGCCCCGCGCCCGCGACACCCCGUGAGGUAGUGAAGUGGUAGCGAAGGUCUGCGGUGACCUCUGCCGGGCGAGCGCCAGCCCGUCUGCAGACCCUCCCCGAGAGGACAGGGUCGGCGCCCCCAGGAGAGCCGGUGGCUCCUGGCCCGCACAGCGGGCAGCCUGUGCCCAGCCCCCCACGACGGCGGCUCUGAUGGCCAGGGGCCGGUGACCGGUCGCUCCGCUGAGCCUGGGAGCCCAGCGGCAGGGCGCCCUCCGUGCCUGGCAAGGACGAGAGGACAGGGCAGGGAGCAUCCAGGGGCCUCCCGUGGGAGGGCGGCUCCGCGAGGCCACGCGAAAGGCCCGGCUGGGGUCUGCACGAGGCAAUGGAUGUUCCGUCGUCCUGCUUUCGACCAAAUCGUCCGGUUAACGGCUGCUCCCCUUGACGCUGCCGCGCGAGCGGGCCGGCGUGCUCCCGCCGGCAGGCUCCGCCUCCCCGCCCCUCAUCACACGGCCGAAGCUUUCUUCUGCCCUAGCCCCCGGUCCCGACCCCAGGCCGCUCUCCAAGGGGCCACGUUACCGUCCUUCCGGAUGCCACCCGGGGGCCAGCGCCCCCACCGCCCUUGCCCAGAGCCACCCGGGAACCACGGCCGCCACCUCGGUUUCCUUCCCGGCAAGAACAGCAGAAGUCUGAACGGCCCCGAAGACCCCCCGGUUGUGCCAACGCCCUC